AUGUUGGAAAAAUAUGUAGAAAACACCGGUGCGGAUACAAGACUUUUCAACAUUAAACUGGUAAAAGAUAUGUGGAAAACUGUUACGAAACAACGGUAUGGCUACUUGAGAUGCAUAAUUAUGCUGUCUGCAGUGUUGUUAACUCUCAAUUUGAUCGUUGAAUUUGGAGAAGCUUCGUUCAUGUACAUGUACCUACAGAAACAAUUUUCGUGGACUUUGGAAAACUUUACGCCGUUCCUCGCAUAUACGACACUGAUACAAGCCACAAUGCCCGUGAUCGGUCUGUACGUUCUGAACACCAAACUGCAAUUGGCCGAAAUGUACAUCGGUACCGCUGUUGCAGCUGUGGGAAUUUUCGAAAAGUUUGGUUUGGCGUACUCAGUGCACCGGUGGCAAUUUUACGCCAUGAAAACUGUUGGAUACGCAGCCCAAAUCAGUCAAUCGUUGGUUCGGUCUCAAUUAUCCAAGUGCCUCCCGUCUGAAGAUACAUGUAAAAUAUUUGCAUUCUUAAUUGUGAUCGAAAAUUUUGGUGUAUUACUAUACUCACCGAUGUACACUGCGGUCUACGUUACGACGAUCCACGAUUUCGCCAAUUGUUUCAUUUUCUUUUCGGCGAUACUUGGCACCUUCGUGUUUGUAUUAUUCGGAUGA